AUGGGUGUUACCAAGACGACUCACCAGUCCGGCUCCGGCGCCAUCCCCAAGCCCGGCCAGACUGUCACCAUUGAGUACACUGGCUUCCUCAAGGAUACCUCCCAGCCCGACAACAAGGGCAAGAAGUUCGACUCCUCGGUCGGCCGCGGCGACUUUGUCACCAGAAUUGGUGUCGGCCAGGUCAUCAAGGGCUGGGAUGAGGGUGUCACCCAGAUGAACGUCGGCGAGAAGGCUACUCUCGACAUCACCAGUGACUUCGCCUAUGGCGAGCGCGGCUUCACCGGCCACAUUCCCCCCAACGCCGACCUCAUCUUCGACGUUGAGCUCAAGAAAGUCCAGUAA